AAAGGGGUGAGGGGGUGACCCCCAAAAGGGGGUCCCAAGCAUUAUUCUAUUAAAAAUACGGCAUAGAUAGAUAUAUGAUUUUGAAAGUGCGAAGAGAGCUGGCAAACUGUUUGGCUAUCCUCUAAUGAUAAAGAGUAGGAGGCUUGCUUAUGAUGGGCAUGGAAACGCUGCUGCUAAGAGUGAAGAGGAGAUCUCUUCUACAGCAAAUGUCCUUGGAGGCUAUGAUCGUGCAUUAUAUGUUGAGAAAUGGGCUCCAUUUGUAAAGGUCUAUGUUGCAAGCAAUCUUCAGUUCAUUGGUCUCAAGAUCUAUCUAUAUGGAAGCUGGGCUACACCUGAGAGAGACAAGAGCGGGGAUUUGGGAGCAUUCGAAGCAGAGUUAUCAGCACCAACUGUUACUAGGCCCCUCUAUGUAUUGCUUGAAACAAUGAAAUAAUUUGAUAAAUAUUUUUUUUUCAUGUGUAAUUAUAUUGUGGAUUGUAUGUUUGGAAGGAUUGUGUGUUUGUUUUUGUUAUCCACUGUGUGUUUGGAAGGAUUGCAAUCAAAUGUUUGUAAUUAUCUAGUUAAUUUUAUAAAUUAUU